CCGACUUCUCAUCAACUUGUUUUCUUUUUCCUCGUCACUGCUCGUUGUCCUCAGUCUCUCUCUCUCUCUCUCUUGUGAGCCGGUGUUUUUCCUCAUCCUUCUUUCCUGCCGUCGCCAUGUUCCCCAGGUUGAUUUUGAAGGAAACUCUGAUAAAAAAAUCUCAACAGAAGAAGAGGAUAUCGCUGUGCAAUUACAAGGAGAGGCUUUUUGUGUUGGACACCCAAGACCUGAAGUACUCUGACUGCCGCCCGGGAAGGAAUCCGCGGCUGAAAGGUUGCAUCGAGCUGUGCAGGAUCGAAUGUGUGGAGAUUGUGUGUAGCCAACAUCCCAUACCGUGCAACUACAAGUACCCUUUCCAGGUUUUCUACAACCACUUCUACCUCUACAUCUUCGCCCCGGACAGCGACUGCCGUCAGAGAUGGGUCAGCGCUCUGAAGGAAGCGACAAAGGGAAACAUCAUGGUGGCUAAAUACCACCCAGACUUCUGGAUGGACGGGAAGUGGAGAUGCUGCCAGCAAACAGAGAAGCUGGCGGCAGGAUGUCAGGCGUAUGACCCAGGGGGUUCUGCUUCCAAAGAGCCACUUUCUGAACUCCCUGGUCCAAAGGCUGGACUGCAGGACGCCGAGGAGCGCACGGUGGUCGCCCUGCACGACUACACGCCGGUCAGAGGCGACGACCUGGCCCUUCAGAAGGACCAGCAGUACAGCCUGAUCAACGGCUGCCACGGUGACUGGUGGGCCGUACGGGACGGCCAGGGAAACACGGGCUUUGUACCCAGAACCUACGUGGAGGAAAAGUCCAGCAACAACUUCCAGAGAUUUAAAUGGUACAACAAAAACACAACGAGAGGGGAGGCCGAGGAUUUGUUAAUGAAACAGGGAAAAGAAGGCGGGUUCAUGAUGCGUGACUCGAGGCAGACGGGAGUCUACACGGUGUCCGUCUUCACCAAAGCUCCGGGGGCUAAUGGGGAGAAGAAUCCCCGAGUGAAGCAUUACCAAAUAAGACAGGCGGAGAGCGGAGAGGCCCGGUUCUACGUGGCCGAAAAGUACCUGUUCAGCACCAUUCCUGAGCUCAUCCGCUACCAUCAACACAACGGCGCCGGCCUGAUAACUCGUUUGCGACACCCGGUUUCUCGAGAUGGAAGCGUCUCUCAGGAUGUCGCCGAUCCCUCAAAAGACCAGUGGGAGGUGGACCCCGAGCAGCUGACCCUGGGUCAGGAGCUGGGCAGCGGCCAGUUUGGGCUGGUGCUGGAAGGCAGGUGGAGGGACAAGAAGGUGGCCGUGAAGACCAUAAGGGAGGAGUGCAUGUCGGAGGAGGAGUUUAAAGAAGAGGCGGGGGUCAUGAUGAGACUGUCCCACUGUAAGCUGGUUCAGCUCUACGCUGUGCGCACCCAGCGUUCCCCCAUGUGUCUGGUGUUUGAGUUCAUGGACAACGGCUGCCUGUCGGACUUCCUGCAAGCCCGGAGAGGCCGCCUGUCUCAGGAGGCGAUGUCGGGGAUGUGUCUGGAUGUCAGCGAGGGGAUGGCGUACCUGGAGAGCUCCAACUUCAUCCACAGAGACCUGGCGGCCAGGAACUGCCUCGUGUCCAAGAACAACGAGGUGAAGAUAUCUGACUUCGGCAUGGCCAGGUUCGUGCUGGACGACCAGUACACCAGCUCCCAGUGCUCCAAGUUCCCCAUCAGGUGGUCGGCCCCGGAGGUCAUCAAGUUCUGCAAGUUCAGCAGCAAGUCCGACGUCUGGUCCUUCGGUGUGCUCAUGUGGGAGGUGUUCAGCGAGGGACGCCUCCCCUACGAGAACCACUCCAACGUGGAUGUUGUGGAGUCUCUGAACAGAGGCCAGAGGCUCCUGAAGCCGAGCUCGGCCCCCGACGCCAUCCACAGGGUCAUGGAGCGGUGCUGGAAGGAGAACCCAGAGGACCGGCCGUCCUUCGCCGUCCUGCGGCCCGAGCUCGCCUCCCUCUCACACCUGAAGAUGUGAAGAGUUGAGGUUGAAAACUAUGAAAACUGCUUAUUUAUUUUUAUUUAUUGAUAUAUUUUCGCUUGUUAAAUGUCAGUGACAGAUGAUUUAAAAACAUGAUUCCUUGGUUUUGCACUUUAUUGGUUUCAUAUGCCUGAGACAGAGUCUGUCCCACAGCUGCUUGCACAUUAAACAGGUGAGGGGUCUACGGGUUAAACCAUUUGUAAUUAAAUGGAUCAAUCGUCAUGAAAUGUU